AUGGCAACUUUCCCAGUGAUCAACUUGGAGAGGCUAAAUGGUGAUGAGAGAACCGCAACCUGGAGAAAAUCACGAUGCCUGUCAAACUGGGAGGUUCAAGGAACUGGUAUCCAGCAGCCGACCUCACUGAUGUGGAUUGGGAGAGCACGCUUUUCUUGCACCAUCUUCCACAAUCCAACAGCUGAAAUCCCAGAUCUCACCGUUGAUACAGAAAAAGGGUACUUGAUAAAGGCAUUCAACGGGACAAACGGUCCAACAUUUUCCACCAAAGUUAGCAACUAUCCGCCAUGCCCAACACCAGAUAAAUUCAAGGGACUCCGAGCUCAUACCGAUGCCGGUGGCAUCAUCUUACUCUUUCAAGACCCCAUAGUUGGCGGUCUCCAGAUUCUUAAAGCUGGCGAAUGGAUCGAUGUUCCCCCGAUGCGCCACUCCAUCGUAAUCAACCUCGGGGAUCAACUCGAGCAUGGGAAAUACAAAUGUGUUGAGCACCAAGUGAUGGCACAAACCGAGGGGACUCGCAUGUUCAUCUCUUUGUUUUACAACCCCUGUAGCGACGCCGUUAUCUACCCGGCACCGGCUCUGGUGGAGAAUGAAGCAGAAGAGAAGAAAGAAUUGUACCCCAAAUUUGUGUUUGAAGAUUAUAUGAAGGUGUAUGCUGAACGAAAUUCCAGGCCAAGGAGCCAGGUUUCAAGACAUGAAGCCAUAACCACUGCAACAGCUUAA